UCUUUCCCAAAUAGUUUGUUCCAACAGAUCUUCCAAACCAAAUGCAGGAAAAUUUGCAAGGUCCAAGUUCCUAUUUCUAUCUCCUUUCAAAUUUAAUAACAUUUUAGCUGAGAAUAUUUAAAACACGCGGCUACGAAUGCAUCGGAUAUGUGCAUCUUGUUGCUUUGUAUUGGCAGAAGUGUGAACCUCGACAUCGAGCCGAUUUCCGUCUUCUGCCAGUUUACGCAAUAGACGAGUACUGUUCGAUUUUUGUAUUUGCCGAGUUCCCAGUAAAGUUUCUCACAAAAUGUUGCGUUUUAUGGGAAGACGUGUACAUUCCAUCGUGAAAAAUUCUGUAGUACCCCGUAGCACAGCUAUCGGGGCUCAGAAUGUUCGCGCUUCGCACGAUGGCCCCGAGGAAUCCGAAGAAGAGUUCAACCAAAAAUACAAGGACUAUUUUAAUCGUCCAGAGAUCGAUCACUGGGAAGCACGUCAAGUUAUGAACACGUUAGCUGGUAUGGAACAUAUACCAGAUCCAAUAAUCAUUUGUGCAGCAAUAAGGGCCUGUAGGCGAUUAAAUGAUUACGCUCUUGCAGUGAGAUUCUUGGAAGUUGUUAGGGACAAAUGUGGUCCUAAACUAAAGGAGAUCUAUCCUUACAUUCUUCAAGAAAUCAAACCUACUUUAGAAGAACUGGGGGUCAAUACACCGGAAGAGCUUGGUUAUGAUAAGCCAGAACUUGCACUUGAAUCAAUUGAUGAUAUGUAAACUAUAGGCAUACAAACUACAAAUAUAGUAUUAAUGUAUAGAAAUACUUUUUGUUAGAUUUUCUAAAAGAAAGCAUUGGAUCUUCAAAUCUAAUAGGAAAGAACUUUCUUUGUACAUACCUGUUAUCAAAUACUGAUUAAAAUAAAUGAUCGCUACCAACCUACACAA